AUGCAACAACUCGGAAAGAAAAAAUGGUUAGAAAAUCGGGAAUUGAUCUAUAAAGAAUUCUUUCCCAUUGAAUUCAUGAAUGAUUCAGAUUUUGUGUUGGAUCAAAUGAAAAAACAAAAGAGUGCCUCUGUAUUUUUACAUUCUUCUGCAAUAUUACAUCAGGACAAGCAAUUCAUGAUGAAAGCCAUUCAGUUAGAACCUUGGGUAUUGAAAUUUGCAUCUUCCGAAAUGAGAAGUGAUAAACAAUUAGUGCUGGAGGCAGUGAAGCGAAAUCGUCUUGCAUUGUAUUGCGAUAUUUCUGAAUCAUUGCAGAAGGAUAAUGAUAUAUUUCUUCAUUCAAUAUGUCCGAAUUAUGCUCAUAAAUUGUGUGAUAUCAAUUGGAAGUGUGACACACAAUUAUUAUACAAUAGUAUGAAAUACGAUCGAGAAUUCGCUCUGGAUGCUGUUUGUCAUGACAUCAAAGCAUUGAAUUACUUGUGCGACGAAUUCAAGAUGGAUCGAGAAAUUGUGAUGACUGCCGUUCGUCAUCAUGGUUAUGCCUUAAAAUUUGCAGAGAAAUUUCAAAAUGAUCGAUCCAUUGUUUUGGAAGCUGUCCAGUGUGAUGGUAGCGCCUUAGAAUUUGUUGGUGAAGAAUUAAGGCAGGAUCGACAAAUUGUAUUAACGGCCGUCACAGAUUAUGGCAAUGCAUUGAAAUGGGCUCCUUUAGAGUUGAGGGAUGACCAUGAAAUUGUAUUAGAGGCAGUCAAAAACAAUUCUGACGCUUUACAACAUGCUUCUGAUCGACUACGAGGAGACAAGGAAUUUAUAUUGAGAGUGGUAAGUCAGAGUGGCAGAGCCGUACGAUACGCUUCUAAGCAUCUCCUUCACGACAUGCAAGUCAUUCGAACGGCAGCUCUGCAAAAUUUGGAGGUCAUUUAUUUUGUUCCACAAAGUGAUGUGGUUGAAAUAUUGGAGAACGAUCUCGAGUUUAUGAAAGAUGCAAUACAAAGAAAUGUGUCUGCACUCGAGCAUGUGCCACAGAAAUUGGCAGAGGACAAGACUAUGAUUUUACAAGCCAUCUCUAGAAAUGGUUUGGCUCUUAAAUUUGCCUCUGAAGAAUUACGCAGAAACAAAACAUUUGUUUUGGAAGCAGUCAAGCUUAAUGGAUGUUGUAUAUUAUUUGCUUCGUCACAAUUGCGUUCGGAUGUAGAAAUCAUUCGAGCAGCAGCAGUAUAUGGAGGAUAUGCCACGUGUUUUGAUAAGGAAUUGUACAAAGCGAGAAUGGAACAUUAUUAUGAUGGAGCAUGUAUAUAG